AAUCCAUCGGAGGGGGGUAUCGCUGAAGUCUGCCCAACCUGGCAACCCAGAAGGUCUCUUUGUUAUUUACUUAAACCUGAUCCACCUACAGUUUUGAAGCACCUCUAAUAACAACAGUGAAGAGACCAGAAAAACCAGUAAACUGUAAUUUACUUAAGGAGUACUGAAGCUAGAUGGCACUAGAUUUCAAUAAAUGAUACAAGGCACAAUUAGGUAACUGGGAAGGCUUUAAUGAGUGUCAUCACUACAACAUUUAUCAGACUAUUCAAGGACUAUAAUCAGAGUAAUACCAUUACUACUCCUGGUUCACGAUCAAGUCACUUUUUUAAAGGCGCAGACUCGUGUUAAAGUGACAGUUCAUCACGAAGUCCUUACAAAUACUGCACAUGAUAAACUGGGGCACUACUGCUGUAUUACAGUCAUUCUCAUGUAGUGAGCUCGAGGCUAUUAUUAGAAAAGUUACGUCACCGCACAGUGGAGGGCGCAUCUCUCCCUCGGUACAGCAGAACAUCACAAUCACCGGGCGGUAAAGGAGAACUGCUGGUCCCUCCUUUUCCCACAUGGACCGGAACCACGCAGCACCACGUGACCCCCGAGCCCUGGACUGACUGAGCAUCUCACACCGCAUCAUGGCUGCGGAGGAUGCGGCCGCGCGGUACCGAUCCGGAGCCUCGCUCCUCCGCGGGGCUCCGCUCUCUCCGUCCCGCCUGCUGCUGCUCUGCCUGUACGCCUGCACCCUGCUCCCCGCCCCGGCGCUCGGCUUGCUCGGCUUUCGGCCGGAGGAGACCGGGGCGGAGCUGUCCGUGGAGGACGGGGUGCUGAAAGCUACCGAGGGAACCCGCUUCAUGCUGCGGGUUUACUACUCCACCUCCCCGCAGAGGCUCAACCGCACCGCGGCGACCCGGGCCAACAACGCCGCGCCCUGGAUCGCCUUCAUCGAGGAGCCAACUCCCGGGCGAGAGGGACAAGUUCACCCGAAGCGGAACAUGUGCAUGGACAAGAACGCCAGGACGUCCGACAUCGAGGUUUUAGGGUCUUUCAAGUCUGCUUCCAGCCAGAACUCGGUGCUGGUGGAGCUGCUGGCCAAGGACCUGCGGAGGGGGGAGAAGAUCAAAUAUUACUCCAUGUGCGCCUUCGACGGAUCCAAAUGGGAACACUACCGAACCCGGGAUUUCUGGGUUGCCGUGGUGGAGCGCUCGGCUGUCCCGGAGCUGUGGCUGCAGGUUCUGGUCUCAGUCCUGCUGCUCGGGCUGUCCGCUUUGUUCAGCGGACUGAACCUGAGCCUGCUGGCGCUGGACCCGGUGGAGCUGCAGGUCCUGCAGAACAGCGGCACCGACAAGGAGCAGAAUUACGCGCGGAAAAUCGAGUCAGUGCGUCGGCACGGUAACUACGUCCUGUGCACUUUACUGCUGGGGAACGCGAUCAUCAACGCGUCGCUCGCCGUGUGGAUGUGUCAGAUCCUGGGCAUGACCUGGCUCUCCACGGUCAUCUGCGCCUUCGGCAUCUUCUUCAUCGGGGAGAUCCUUCCGCACUCGGUGGCGUCGCGGCACGGCCUGGCCAUCGCCUCCAAAACCAUCUGGGUGACGCGGCUGCUCAUGGUGCUCUCCUUCCCCAUCUCCUACCCCAUCAGCAAACUGCUGGACCUCAUCCUCAACCAGGAGAUCUCCAACUUUUACACCAGAGAGAAACUCCUGGAGAUGCUGCGCGUCACCGACCCGUACCACGACCUGGUCAAAGAGGAGCUCAACAUCAUCCAGGGCGCGCUGGAGCUGCGCACCAAAACCGUGGAGGACGUCCUGACGCCGCUGACCGACUGCUUCAUGCUGGCCUCGGACGUGGUGCUGGACUUCAACACCAUGUCGGAGAUCAUGCAGAGCGGCUACACGAGGAUACCGGUGUUUGAGAACGAGCGCUCCAACAUCGUGGACAUCCUGUUCGUCAAGGACCUGGCGUUCGUGGACCCGGACGACUGCACCCCGCUGAAGACCAUCACCCAGUUCUACAAACACCCGCUGCACUGCGUCUUCAACGACACCAAGCUGGACGCCAUGCUGGAGGAGUUCAAGAAAGGAAAGUCGCACCUUGCCAUCGUGCAGCGGGUGAACAACGAGGGUGAAGGAGACCCUUUCUACGAGGUGAUGGGCAUCGUCACCCUGGAGGACGUCAUCGAGGAAAUCAUCAAGUCAGAGAUCCUGGAUGAGACCGACCUCUACACUGAUAACCGCACAAAGCGGCGCGUCUCUCACCACGAGCGGAAGCAGCAGGACUUCUCCAUCUUCAAACUGUCAGAGAACGAGAUGAAGGUGAAGAUUUCCCCUCAGCUUCUCCUGGCAACACACCGCUUCCUCUCCACAGAGGUGGAGCCCUUCAAACCGGCUCACAUCUCAGAGAAGAUCCUGUUGAGACUGAUCAAACACCCCAGCGUGGUUCAGGAUCUCAAGUUUGAUGAGAAGAACAAGCGAGCGCCGCAGCACUUCUUGUUCCAACGCAACAAACCGGUGGACUACUUCAUCCUGGUGCUGCAGGGUCGAGUUGAGGUGGAGUUUGGUAAGGAAGCGCUGAAGUUUGAGAAUGGAGCGUUCUCCUACUUUGGGGUACCUGCCAUCAUGCCAACAGUCCACAGAUCCCCCUCUCGCAGCAGUGGCCUGGACCGCUCUGAGUCCAUGCUGUACGGAGGGAGCAUGGGCCAGCUGAACGGAGCGGGGAACGUCUACCUGCCAGAUUACUCUGUCAGACAGCUCACACACCUUCAGAUCAUCAAGAUAACCCGCAGCCACUACCAGAACGCUGUAACGGCCACCAGGAUGGACAGCUCUCCUCAGACCCCCGAUGCAGACGCUCGUCCCACAGAGGGCAACACCCCGACCCCGGAGCCCCCGACAACGGAGCAUGCCGCCACGCUGAUGCCCCCGCCACACACCACCGCCACCCUCAUGCCUCCGCCCAGGGAGCCCGGGCGGCCCAGCUCAGCGAGAACCCACGGACAGCAGUCCAGCGUCCCACACAGCACCUCCCUGCUGAACGAGAAGAACCGCAUCGUCCGGAGUAAAUCUGACGGCCAGAAGAGUCCCAGCGACUCAGUGUUUCUCAGGAUGGACGAGAUCCCGUACAUCAGAGAGGACAGAUCUGAGACUGACACACACACUGACAUGGCCUCUGUUCCCAUAGAAACGGACACGUCUCCUUUCAUCAGCAGCCUGUCGCUGAGCGGCUCAGAGGACACACUGGGCAAGAAACUCCUGCUCAAACUCAGCCACAAGAAGAGGAAAAAGUCUCGCGAAGGGGAGAAAACACCAGAGGACAUUUCAGAACAGCCGCUGGUUAAAACCUAGCAGGGUGUGUGUGUGUUCGAAACGGACCUGAACACUCCAUCAUCUGAUGGUUCUUUAAGUUGUUUUGUAAAGACCGUGUGGUCGGUGAACUACAGCUAUCAGAGUUUUAUCUGAGAACACACACACACACACACACACACACACACACACACACACUAACACACACACACACACUAACACACACACACACAGGAGAUUAUAAGGCUGCAGCUUUGGUGAUACGCAUCGUUGAAACUGCAGCCUCUCAUCUCGACACGUUUUUCAUGCUGAUGCUCGUAUAUAAAGGAAUGACUGCGAAUGUAAAAGAUUUGUAGAAAAACAUUUUUAUACACUGUAUACCCUCCUCACAUGUGAGCACUUCUCCAAUGGAGCUAAAGGAAACGACGGUGCACAGGAAAACGGAUGGAAGACACCAAAGAUGUUGCUGUUUUGUACACACUCGCUCAAAAAUGCACAGGAGGAAUCUCAACGAAACAGAAGUUUAACUAGUUGCUUUGCGUUGGGCUUUUACUUUGAAAUGUUGCCUGUUUAAUGCUUGUUAGAUCUAUAGCCUAAUAAUUAUAACAUAACAGUGUAGAAACAUUCUUUUUUUUUUUUUUUUUACCUUUUAUUUAUCUUCAAACAAGUAUUUUCUGCACUUUCCAAAUUGCAGAUGGACACGCACACUUGUCAACUAAGUAUCCCAUAAUGCCAUAAGUAUAUGGUGUAGCGGUUCUGGAAUUAGAGGUUCGACCAUCACAUAUCAGUGUAAUGUCGGUUCUCUCUUUACUUUUGGACAUUUAGCACAUCAUAACAGUUUGUGAUCAGAGCCGUCGGUCUCCUGUUUGUGUAUUUUCCUCCACUGAUUAAUGCUUUUCUUGUUUCCAGUUGUCACAUGUGGGCUGCAGACGCAUUAAAGGAACAGUUCAACAUGUUGUGAGGUAGUCUAUGCUUAUUCGCUUUCUUGCUGAGAGUCAGGUGAGAAGAUCGGUACUGCACACGCGUCUGUGACCUCAAACCAAGAGGUCAUUAGCCGAGCUUAGUGUAAACAAGUAUGCUUACAAGUUUACCAUUUCAAAUAGCUCGGCCAAGAAUAUUGCUGAGCUACAGUAAUUUCAGGUUUUAAAACAGUAACGGCAUUUUGUUGUUAUAUACAUGUUAUUCUGUUUUGCUUGUUUGAAGUGUGGAUGAAGUCUUUACGCUGAGUCUGGACAACGCAAGAGCAUCUGUCCUCAUCUACCUCAUGGCAAAAAAGCAAAUGAAUGUCCAACUAUCAUUUGACUUAUUUCCCAGAUAACAAAGUAAAAACAUACACCCGGGCCCUCGGACCAAUUCUGGCCCACAUAUACCUCCACAUCUGGGCAGAUUCCGGCUGUUAUCCUCUGGUAUUGGCUGACAGCUGAAAGAUUUUGGUCCAGAUGUGGAAGUAGCAUCUGACAUGUCAUGCUGUGUAUGUGUGUGUGUGUGUGUGUGGGCCAGAUCCGGGCCGUGGAACCGGGUGGAUACUGAGCCAGAAGAAAACAAGCGUGUGGCUCGGGUACGGGUCUGAUUUAUUAUCUGGGUUGCUAUGUGACCAGAUGUGUCUCUGCCGGUUGCUUAGAUCAGCUGAUCUUCAAAGCGUUUAAAUUUGCUUUUCAUUUGCAAAAUGAUGCCCCAUGUUAGUGUCCAGAUGUCACAACUUACGACUGUAUGGAACCGAUUUUCCAUCUGGUUAAAGGAUGAGACUGGAUUCGUAUGGUGCUUUGUUUCUUUUUUUUCCUUUGCUUUGAGGUGAAAGUCAUCGCCCCUUUAUUGUUCUUGAAACGUCUCCUGCUGACUGGCCUUAUUGUUUGUUAUCUGAGCCCUAUAUUUUGAAGAUAUGUGAUCUGAAUUGUAUUUUAUGCCUCGUAAAAAUUUAAUUUCUUAUGUUUUCCUUCUCUGUUUCAGAGAAUAUCUGACAUGGAUACACGGUACAUUUAGAAAUCUGGGGUCGGGCUUUCAGUUCAGAUUCAUUCAUCACACAAGUCUUUAAAUAAUCAUCAUCUGAGCUGAGCCUUUUUUCUCUCUUUUUUCUUAUCAGAGCCAUCUCAAUUAUUUAUGAAUCUCCUUCCUUCUGCCUUUUCUUUAUUGGAGGUGAAAUGAAACUGAGCUUCUGACAGCAGGGACUGUACAUUAUAAGCAUAUUAUUGGGUUUAUGAAGUCAGCACCUUUCACAAUAUCUGAAUGUGAUACUCAAACCUCCACAUGGCCCAACGUCACUCCACAGUGUCUGCAGCGGUUUCCAAACUCAACAUAUCAACACGUCAGUGUGAAUAUGAGAUAAUGUGCAAGUUUGACGUCGUUAGCUCACAUGCAGCGUCUCUGUUCAGCAUUAAAAAGAUUAAACCAGUAGUUUCCAGCCUUUUUAGCUUCUUACCAGAAAACUAUGUGUGUUCGGGGAGUUCAGAUUUUCUGUUUUGUUUUAUUUUUUGAUGGAAGUAGCAGCUUCCCUCUGCUGUCUGUCUUUGUGCUAAGCUAGGCUUCCUAGUGAGGCAGUCUAGGUCUGCUAUAGUUAGCUCUGUGUUAGCCUAGCUUAGAAUGAGUACUGAAGGUAAAAUGAAACCGUAGUUUAGCGCCUUCAAAAGAAGAAACAAAAAACAACACAAACGUAAGUUUAAUGGCUAGUUAUUUAAAUGAUGAAUUAAUGGAAAUGAAGGGAAAUGGGAUCAGUUGGUCUGUCAGGCUACACUGCUAGUUAAGCUAAGAAUUUGUAAAUCUGUUAUUUCAGCUGCUACUUCCAUCAAAAAAAAAAAUCAAAAAACCAUGAACACACCUGAACACAUAGCCUACUGUUUAUUAUGUAAGACGCUAAAAAGGUUGAAAACCAGCAGUUCAAUCUUUUAAAGGCUGAGCAGAGAUGUGUCUGUGAGCUUACUAUGUCAAACUUUUAGGAGAGAUCAAUAGAAAGUAUAUAAGAAUGUUUUUUGAGGUUAACAACAUGGAAAGAUUUUGCCGAUUAGACCUCGCUGUGAUGCAUCUGGUUAAUAAGCAUUAGACCAAUAAAGACAGGAGAUGAGUAGAAUCCAGUGUAGGCUGGAUGCUGGUUACGAUUGAGUAAAGAUGGAACUUUUUCAGCUGAAACCUCUGGAUCGACCUGCAGGAUGAGGCGGGGAUGGGGAGGUGGUGGGUCGCACAGACGUGGGACUGAAUGAGGGAAGGCUGGUUGACUCCAGGAAAGUGGGCAAGAAGAUAAUACGCCAGAAGUGAAGUGGGAAAAAGAAAGUGAUGAACUAGGAGGAAAUGGAAAAGCAGGAAGUCCCAACAAAAGGAAACGUGAUGGACAAAGAUCGUCCUUAUUGAACUUUCACAAAAGCACAUAUUUCUUAAACAUCUCUCCUUCUUCUUUUUUACCAUCUUAAAACAUAUUGCAAGAAUUUGAGACAAAGAUUUUAUCCAACAUCAGUAAUUAUUCCCUGCAGUACAUACUUUCAUUGCUGCCCCCUGGUGGCGUGGAGUUGAACAUGCACAUACAGGUCACUGGGGUGGAAACAUCUUGCUGUGCCAACUAAGCAAUACUGAAAACACUUAAAGCAAUGUUAUUGACGUGAAUGACCCUGCAGAAUGUGGAUGACAACCCAUGAACAUGUUAUUAGUAACAUCUGUGCUUUCCCCGCUACGAUUAGUUGAAACUCAUUGUCCAGUAAGAGACAUUUCGACGAGCCAGAGGUCUGAAUGAGCUCCAGAUAUACUUAGAUUGAUGGUCAUUUAACAAACAGCCUAUAAUAAUUUGUAGUGUCCAUUAUAUAAAGAUGAGAUGAGAUACACUGGAUGUAUAUUUUCAAGAAUAACAGGAAAAAAUAUGUUUUUUAUAAGUUUUAUAUAAGUGGAUGUUAUCGUUUUGGGAUCCCUACUUGGAAAUCAAAGUGUAGCUAUUUGGAUGUCACAUCAUUAACUUAUUUUAACAUUGAAGAAGUUGUGUUGCUUUCUAACUACUUAAAGCACUCCCUUCAUGCAGACUGCAGCCUAAAGCAAACAGCUGACAGGAGUUUUGUUUUCUGGAGGUUUUAUAUUUUACGCAAGUUCAAAUUUGAUCUUGUAAAUGUUUUCAAAAUAGAAAAAAAAAGAAAUUAGAGUCACAUCACUGGAACUCUGGUGUUUCAUAUUCAGCUGUUAUGGUUUGACUUGUGUCUGAUCAAUUGUCGGGUUCAUGAAAUAUGAUAACCUGUGUAAACGCGCGAUGCUGCAGGUGUUGUGUCGAAGUCUGUUUCGACUCACCUUCACCUGAAUGUGACCUUAUCAUAACCCUAAUCACAGGAGAAGACACGUGUCGAUGGGGAAACAGACUCUGACAACACCGUCGCAGGACAAGACUUUUUUAAAGAUCCAAUCAUCACUGAAGCCUAUGUCAUGAAAGAGAGCCAAUAAAAAAAAACUGAUAUUGUCAUAUUGAUA